AUGGGGAGGCGCUGCUGGCGGCAGCGCGUGCUGGCUGCCGCCUGUCUAGGCGCCGCGCUCCUGCUCCUGUGCGCCGCGCCCCGCACCCUGAGUCCGGUAUUUGGAAACAGAGCCCUGGGCUCCAGCUGGCUUGGUGGGGAGAGGAGAAGCCCCCUGCAGAAGCUCUAUGACCUGGACCAGGACCCGCGCUCUACCCUGGCGGAGGUGCACCGGCAGCGGCGCGACCUGCUGAGCAGCGCCUGUAGCCGCCACACACGCCGGCAGCGCCUGCUGCAGCCAGAGGACCUGCGGCACGUGCUGGUGGACGACGCGCAUGGCCUGCUCUACUGCUACGUGCCCAAGGUGGCGUGCACCAACUGGAAGCGCGUGCUGCUGGCGCUGAGCGGACAAACCCGCGGCGACCCGCGCGCCAUCCCCGCGCACGAGGCGCACGCGCCCGGCCGCCUGCCCUCGCUGGCAGACUUCAGCCCCGCUGAGAUCAACCGGCGCCUACGUGCCUACUUGGCCUUCCUGUUCGUGCGAGAGCCCUUCGAGCGCUUGGCGUCCGCCUAUCGCAACAAGCUCGCGCGCCCCUACAGCGCUGCCUUCCAGAGGCGCUACGGCACACGUAUCGUUCAGCGCCUGCGGCCACACGCGCUCCCGGACGCCCGGGCCCGCGGCCACGACGUGCGCUUCGCAGAGUUCCUGGCUUAUCUGCUGGACCCGCGCACGCGGCGCGACGAGCCCUUCAACGAGCACUGGGAGCGUGCGCACGCGCUCUGCCACCCUUGCCGCCUCCGCUACGACAUCGUGGGCAAGUUCGAGACGCUGGCGGAGGACGCGGCCUUCGUGCUGGGCCUGGCGGGCGCACCCGGCCUGAGCUUCCCCGGACCACCGCGGCCCCGGGGAGCCGCCGCCUCCCGCGACCUGGCAGUGCGCCUCUUCCGGGACAUCAGCCCCUUCUACCAACGGCGCCUCUUCGACCUCUACAAAAUGGACUUCCUGCUCUUCAACUACUCCACCCCUUCUUACCUGCGGCUGCACUAG